UAACCGAUAGAAAGAUAAGGAACCGGACAAUUUUUUUGCUCUUAACACAUCCUCUGGCAGACGCACAGGGACCGUUAGAUCGUGAGCAUGGACAUUGAUAUUCUGGACAAUGUGAUCUUUCUGGGCACUGUCACUGUGCUCAGUGCUCUUCAGAAUGUAUUCUUUGCGUACAGAGUGCAGAAUGAAUCCCUCCAAAAGCGUUCGGGACAAACAGCUUUCGACCGGGUCAAUGUAGCAAAUCAUAACUGCAUUGAGGUUUAUCCCACAUUUCUUGUUUUGCUGUGGACUGCUGGACUUUUCUGUAGUCAAGCUCCUGCAGCCUUCGCUGGGUUGUUGUAUUUGGUUGUGAGGCACAAAUACUUUGUGGGUUAUUUGGGACAAAGCAGUCAAAGCCUUCCCGGUUUCUUUUUUGGAAAACGUUUAAUGGCAUUCUUGUUCAUCAUGUCGACUGCUGGAAUUGUCAACUAUGCAACAAACUACUUCUUUGGAAUCAACUUUCUGCAUUACAUUCAAACAGUCACGAAAGCGUCUGCUGCUUUGCUUCUUAUUCCCUAAUCAAGUGGCACCAAUUGUUACAGUUAACAUUUAACCUUUAAUAACUCCAAUCCAUUGCUAACAUGUUUGAGCAGAUCUAUUUGUGGUUUUUUGAUGAAGAAGUACCGAUUUUAAUGUCCAUAUUGUUUCCUUUAUGACAUAACAAUAAAUUUGAACUGGAACUUAA